AUGAGGUUUCCUCACUCAUCAUACUAUUCAAAUCCUAAAAAGACUAACUAUUUUAAAAAGGUUUUGAGCUUUCCAGGAACAUGGGCGGUUCUUAUCGUUUUUACUUAUCAUUAUAUAACAUGGAAGAAAGUUGAUCUUUUGAUAAUACCUUAUCCACCAGCUAAGGUACAGUUCAACACAUCUAGAAAGUACCUCUCCAGUAACCUUGCUUCAAUUGCCCAACUUGGAAAUCAUAUUUUUGAAUUUGCUGGUCUCUACGGAAUCGCCAAAAAACUCAACAGAAUCCCCACGUUUUUCAUUGAAAAUGGGCAUCACAAGAAGAUGUUGGAUAGGGCAAUGAAUACAAUGCCCGGACUUGUUGAUAAGUUUCUGAUUAUUAAUGGAAGUGUUCCUGAUUCUAUAAGAAACACGUCAUUCCAUAUAGCAUGUUGUACCUAUGACGAUCCGAUCAGGCUAGAGACAAAACCAGAUGAGUAUCUUCAUUUGACUGGAAUAUUCUAUCAGAGUUGGAAGUACUUCCCAGGAAUGCGGGAGGAGUUUCUUAGUUUUCUGAGUAAUUCAGCAGAAAAUUCCAAUUUUGGAAACCUGCCGAGAUCUGAUGCGAAUACGCAUGUAACCUGCAUUCACGCGCGGAGAGGUGAUUUUUUGGAAGUUGGUUUUUAUGGGGCUGAUCCAGUUUUCAUCCGGAACGCCAUGAAAUUCAUUGACGAUAGAGAAAAAGACACAAAACCCAACAAGAAAAUAGUCAUUUUCGGCGAUGACGCGAAGUUUAUGAAAAAAGUUUUCGAUGGAUCAGUUUAUUCGACAGAUGGGGCGAAAGAAGCUAAUCACUACGUUUCGAAAAAUACACCGACGGCAGAUUUCAUAUACUCAAAAUAUCAUUGUGAUGUAGUUUUGAUUAGUGCUCCUCAUUCAACAUUUGGUUGGUGGAUGGGUUACUUCUCAAAAGGACAAAAAGUAUAUCACAUGGAUAUUCGCUUCACAAAUGAUUGGGUUUACGAAAAGGGAGAAAUAAAUAUUAAAGACUUUUAUCUUCCUCAUUGGCAAGCAUUGAAGUUCCAGAAUUCGGAUAAUUUAACAGUAGUUGAGAGUUUGUAA